AUGGCGGGCUACGCAGCGUUCGCAUACACUUACCCCACGCAACCAUCCACUUCCAAACGACAACACAAACAAAUGUCGACGGUAGUCACAUUCACACACCGCAAUCUUGCAGUCACACAACACGAAAUCGAGGACACGCUAAUUCCACACGUGUUCCUCGAGAUCCAUCCGCACAAGAAGGGCAGGCCCAGUAUAUAUGUGCUUAACGCUUACAGCUCGCCCAAAGACAGUUCCAAGCAGGCAGCUGCACUCAUCCACAAAGCCGCGAUCCUGGCCGGCGCAGCACCCUUAUUAAUUGCGGGGGACUUCAACGCGCGCCACCAGUCAUGGGGAUAUCCGCGCUCAGUACCCAAAGGCGUAGCCAUAUGGAACACGCUCCAGACGGACCAUCUCACACUCAUAACUGACCCGGAUUAUCCGACCCGCGAAGGGAACAGCAUGUCUCCGGAUACGACCCCGGAUCUUUCCAUCACGCGCAACAUCCCGCUAGCCACAUGGUCGAACACUCGAAACACGCUCGGCAGCGAUCACUUUAUUCUGGAAAUAACGAUCCCCGACAACACGCACAAAAGACGAGAGACACCCGAAAAACGUUUAGUUAAUUGGGACCAUCUCCGGGCCCUUCGCGAAGAGGAGGGGGAGGCUGUCGACCUGGGCAGCUGGACACGUUCCUUACAGGACAGUGUCAGGCAGGCCACGGACACGGUCCCCGCUGCCUCACCAGAAGGGAGGGCGGACGCCAAACUGCUACAUAUGUGGCAGGCUUUGGAGAGACUCCGCGCUCGCUGGUCCAAACAAAAACGCAACCGCUCGCUCCGCAAACGCAUCUCGCGCCUAGAGAGGGACAUCGAAACGUACGCGAUUGAGCUAGACAGUCAACACUGGGGGCAGAUAUGUGACCAGAUCAACGGCAAAUUGGGGCUCCGAGACACGUGGGGCCUCCUUCGCCACCUGAUGGACCCCCAGGGUUCAAAAACGGUACAGCGUAACACACUAACCAAGGUAGCCAGUACGUUCCCGGGAGAUGCCAGGGCACUCAUAGAGGCCCUGAAGGACAAGUACGUUAACCUAAAGAAGGACGACGCGGAAUCUCAAUCGUAUUCGGGAAUCAGGAACCCCGAACUAGAUGCGGAUAUCCUCGAGGCCGAGGUCCGUCACGCCACCACUCAACUCAAUCCUAAUUCGGCACCGGGCAGUCUCCGUUCCUACUGCCGCCGACUGUAUAUAGUACAUGUUCCUUUCCACUCUAUAGGUCUCGCUGCAGCGAAGCUGCUGUCCGAGCAAGGAGUCGAUGUCGUUGUGCUGGAGGCGAGAGACAGGGUCGGAGGGCGCACCCACACCGUCCAGAGCGAUGUUGUAGGGUACGCAGAACUUGGCGGCUCCUAUGUGCGUCCCACGAUGAACCAUGUCCUUCGACUGUCUCACGCACUGGGCGUGGAGACCUACCCAAGCUUCUCGGACCUCAAGAGCGUUCGCUUCAGCAGCUUCAGUGAAGAAAUGGCAUCCGUAGAUGAUACGACGCAAUCCGAAUCCUGGAACCCGCUCGUCCGAUGCGACAUCAACAACGUCGUACGCAAGAUGGACAAGAUGAUGGAGACGAUUUCAGUGAAAGACCCCUGGAAAUGUGGACACGCCCAAGAAUGGGACAACGUGACAUUGCAGUCCUUUUAUGAAAGACAAACCUGGUCAAGGCUCGCGGUGCGCACUUUAGUAGACCGCUCAAGAGGCAGGAUACACGGCAAUGCUGGUAACGUAUCUCUUCUGUGGGCGCUCUGGUACCUCAAGUGUACUGGUGGAGUAAAGACGUUGUCCAGCGUUAGUAGUGACGAGCAGGAGAGAAAAUUUGAUGGAGGGUCUAUGGUCAUCAGUGAAAGUAUUCACAAGUUACUUGGAGAGAAAGUGCACCUCAGCGCUCACGUUAGUGAUGUGGCACAAGAUGAGGGCGGAGUCAAGGUGACCCUUUCCGAUGGGUCAAUGUAUCAGGCAGACUACGCCAUCGUAGCUGUGCCUUUUUCCAUGCAACUGAAGAUCGGCUUCGAGCCAGCUCUCCCUCCGCUAAAGCACGAGCUGGUUCGGCAAGGCAUCGCCGGAUCUGCCAUCAAAAUAAUCAUGUACUACAGAACACCUUUCUGGAGGGAGAAAGGUUACAGCGGGUCUGUGUUGAGCAGCGGGAGCGAGCUUUGCUUUAACCGCGUCUCAGACGACUGCAGGCCCAGGUUUUCACUUCCAGCACUGGCAGUUUUUGUCAGCGGCAACAACCUGCUGAGAUUACAAGAAAUGUCGAAGGAAGAGAGAACGACUAACAUUGCUGAAGACUUGGCAAAGGUAUUUGAAAGCGAAGAGGCUCGCGACCCUGUUCAUUCGGAAGAGAAAAAUUGGCAACAAGAUCGAUAUUCAGGGGGCUGUACUGUCUCGCCGCUCCCACCUGGAAUCAUGACCAAGUGCGGAGAGGCACUGCGUCAGCCCUUUCACAGGGUGUACUUUGCAGGCACGGAGACAGCAACCGCAUGGCCUGGAUACAUGAAUGGAGCAGUGGAAGCGGGUGAAAGAGCUGCCAGAGAGGUACUGCACGCCAUGAAUAUUAUUGGUGAAGACCAGAUUUGGGUUGAGGAGCCAGACUUCAAGGAUGCGCCCCUCAUUCCCAGCUACGAGUCCUUCCAGAAAAGUCGCCCACUGUCCGACAGCUCAUCAUCUCCGCUUUGACUGCGGGGACCCUGGCGGAUGCAACACCAAUUUCAAUAAAUAACUGAAUUACCGUA